UCAGUGCAGUGCGAGACUUGAUAACGGUUCGAUCAUCUCGGGCUGUGUGUUGUUCGGUAGUUUGUCGCCCAAAUCGGGCUAACCGAUCAGCAAUCGUUUGCUGGAUGAGGUUUCGUCCGAGUUCGGUAACCAACCGGCGGUCGGGCAUAAAGUCAGUCAUUGUUUGCGGAGGUUAUCAACAAGACGACGGUCGUCGUGUGAUGCAGCGCGUGUGUGGAUAACCAAAUUCUAAGUCCUAUCGGAUACGCGGACUGUGAGCUGGACUUGGCCCGACGAGUUCCCGUCGUUCCAGUUAUUGAGACCGUCGUAGAUUGUAGUGAAAACACUUGACCAUAUUUCGGGGGUCGGCGGUGAAGGUGGCGAGAUUUGUUUUUGAUCGCUGGUCGUAUCGGCAGCGUUUCGCGGAUAUUUUUACACGUUCCCACCGAUGGGAAAACGGUCGUUCGUCAUAUGACGGUGCGUUUUAUUAUUUUUGCUUUUUUGCUCUCUCCCGAAGCUCACAGCUGCUGCUGAACCGAUCGUUGUUGGAGGUUUGUUUGCAAACAAAACGGAGCAACAGCAGCGGAACGGUUCGUUCAGAACCAACCUGAAAGUGUUUUAUAAUACCAACAUCGGAUAUAAAUAGUCCGGUCAUUAUUUCAUGUGUUCGUUUUGGUUAGGUUUGUUUGGUUGCAAGUUUGUCGUAGAAGUGGUAUAUUUUUCGAAAUAAAACCGUUCCUGAAUGCCAAAAUGACCCCCGAUGGGUGCAAAAUAUAAUCCGGCAAUAGAAUCGGCGAGGAUGUUGCGAGGAAUUGCGUCACGGUGUUAUAACGCUGGCGACGUUACUUCGUUGUGAACCGUUUUGUUGUUCAUCAUUUUUCCCAUGAUUGGCGAGAGUGCAAAGAUUGUAACAAAGAAUUUUGUUUGUGAACGUCGUCCCCUGGGAAGGAUUGUCAGGCGUUUCAACGGAUGUCGAUUAAAUGACAACUAGCAGGAUAAAAUUUGCACAUUACAAAUGUGAGUGACUACGUGUAUUGGAUGUUUAAGUGUCGGUUUCGAAUGGUAUUAUGUUGUGCCGUCUAGUUGUGUUAUGAAAAUUGACUAGUGCGGAGUGAUUCCUGGAUGUGCCGUGGAAAUUGUGAUUCAUUGCAUUGUUGCGGGUAUUAAUCGGAUAAAACCGCAUGGACGCCUUUUCAACGAAACGUAAGCAACAUUACACAACCGGUGACUUCAGUUCGCCAGCCCCAUAUUCUAAACAGACACAGAGGAAACGGAACGUGCUUUCCAAGCAAGAGGUAUUCCGCAUGCUAGCCCCUCAAUUAGACCCAUUAUCUAGGCGUAGUAAUCGCCGUAAUACCGAGAAAUGGAUGUUAUUAGAGUCUCCAAUAGUAGUACCAAUAUCAAUCAUAGCGGCGCCAGUGUUACGAACCAGCAGCAGCCGCCUACGCACGCUUUACAGCAGAAGCAGCAACAUUCUAAAAUCAAGGACAAUAACAGCAAUAGAAACGGUUUAAACCAACCGUUGACAACGACCACAACAACAACGUCACCGAACAGUAGUAAUUUUGGUAGCACUCAGUUCUCGGGUUACGCAUCGACACCGAAGCAAUCUCCCAGCAGUGGUGUUCAGCUGGUAGCGGGUGGUUCGGUAGUGUCCUCCUCGGGUGGAUCGCUCGGUUCGGAUGGACUGCACCAGAUAUCCAGCGAUUCCGGAAACAGUUCCUGCGUCAGUGGUGGUAAUACCGGUGGAACGGUUCUAGACGAUCCAGAGACUAAGAAGCCGGGUUUCGUGAGCAGUGUCAGUGGCGGAGGAUUUGCCGAUGUCGCGAUUGCCGCCAGUGAAGAUGACGAAGAAGAUCAUGACAAGUGCGGUGACGAUGAAAAGGCAGUGCUUUUGAAUAAAAACAUUUACGUGAAUAAAAUCUACGACGAUGGGUGUGGGCGUGACAAUGUUUGCGACGACGAAGGCAUUGGGUGUGAGCGGGAGAAGGGUUCGCCGCAAGUGACCUCUCUGGAAGUUCGCGGUAGUUCGACUGAAACCGAAGAAAAUGUGGAAGAUGUUAAGCCACUGUUGCGACUUAGUUUGAACGACGAGAAACAGCGUCGGCCGAAGAGUAUCGUGAAAAGUCCGUCGAAUCUCAGUUUCGGUAAAGAGGUGAACGGUGGCAAUCCGAAGCCACGGCCACAGUUGCAGUUUCAACAACCAGUGGAAAGUGCGAUCGGUGAUCGACCGGUACUGCAUGUGCAGUUCAGUAAAACAGAAAAUGGCUACUGCUGUCGGGAUUCGGAUGCUGAGCAAGAGCUCGGCCACAAACAGCCCAUUUGUUCCAGCCCGGUGGGAAGCAUACUGUCGCACGGGUCCGGCUCUUCUUCGGGAUCUUCAUCGAACGAGAACAGUUCACUGGGUGGAUAUGCCGAGGCAAGGCCACCGGACGGCGGUUGGGGUUGGGUAGUUUGCUUCGCUUCAUUUAUGGUCAAUUUGAUCGCGGAUGGAGUGACGUUCAGCUUCGGUGUGCUGUAUGUCGAAUUAUUGGAUUAUUUUGGCGAAGGAAAAGGAAAAACCGCCUGGGUUGGAUCUCUGUUUAUGGCUAUGCCUCUGCUGUCCGGUCCGGUGGCCUCCUUCCUGACGGAUCGAUACGGAUGUAGGAAUGUAACCGUUGUCGGUUCGAUUCUCGCUUCGAUCGGAUUCGCUAUGUCAGCCUAUGCGGAUUCGAUCGAAAUGCUGUAUCUAACUUACGGUGUGCUGGCAGGAUUUGGACUCAGCUUGUGUUACGUGGCAGCUGUGGUGAUUGUGGCCUAUUAUUUCGACAAGAGACGGUCCUUCGCUACCGGGCUGUCAGUGUGCGGCAGUGGCAUUGGUACUUGCAUUUUUGCAAAGAUAACGCAAAUUUUGUUGGACGAAUAUGGCUGGCGUGGAACGACACUGAUUCUGGCAGGCGUCUUUCUUAACAUGUGUCUUUGUGGCCUUCUGAUGCGUGAUCUCGAGUGGACCACGCAUAAAUCGAAACUGAAGCGAAAGCAGAAGGAAGCCGAUUCGUAUUCGGUUAGUAAUAGCACCAAUACCGCCGGUACGACCAGUAAUUUGAACGCUACGGAUGCAAACUCCGGUAUGGCGCUUGGACCGACUGGAAGCGACCUGAAGGGGAUCAAUGGGGAAAGCAUCGAUCCGAACGAUCCGCGGCUGUUCAGUUCGUUAAUAACUCUUCCUACCUUCAUCAAGAACCGGGAAAAAGUACCGUUCGAAGUAUUAGAAUUACUCUACAAGCAUCGAAAUGUGCACGAGCACGUUAUGCAAAACUACCCUAAUCUGCUACAUUCUCGUAGCUUUAGCGAACCACUAGGCCCUAAGAGUAAUGAACUUUCGCCCGAGAAGGCGGGCAAUCCAGACCAAGUAGCUGCCCAGGAUUCCCAGAAAUCUCCGCAUAUUAACCAUCUAUCGCCUGAUUACGACGUGGAACCGCAGCAUCCGUUCUUGCGUCGAGUGCACAGCCAUCGGUGCACCGGGGUGCGUACACCGACCACCGCCUAUCUGAAGGAUCUGCGAAUGCAUCGGCACUCGCUGACCUAUCGCGGGGCUAUGCUGAACAUCCAGCGGUACCGACUGCGGGCAUCAUCCUGUCCGGACAUUUAUCGCAACUCGAUGACGACGAUUGCGAAGGAGAAAACUGCCUGGUAUCAGGGAAUAGAUGAGUUCAAAACACUGCUGGUCAGUAUUUUGGAUCUUUCUUAUUUCCGCGAUGUCCACUUCCUGUUGUUUGCCAUCUCAAACUUCCUGCUGUACACCUGGUACGAUGUACCGUACGUGUACCUGACGGAUAACGCAACGGAGAUGGGUUUUACCCCUUCGCAGUCGUCGAUGCUGAUAUCCAUCAUCGGAAUUGUCAACAUGGUGGGCGAGGUCGCUCUGGGCUGGAUGGGAGAUCGAAAGUCGGUGAAUGCCACCCUUACCUACGCGAUAUGCAUGGGAUUGUGUGGAUUGGUGACCGCUUUGGUUCCAUUAUUUUCGGACUACAUCAGCCUAUCUUGUUUGGCUGGUGCAUUUGGACUAUUCAUUGCAGCAAACUAUUCACUGACAAGUAUUAUUUUGGUAGAACUAAUUACACUGGAACGUUUCACGAACGCUUACGGGCUGCUACUGCUGGUGCAGGGAGUGGCCAAUUUGGUUGGACCACCGUUGGCUGGCUGGAUUUCGGAUUACACCGAAGACUACAAUCUGUCGUUCUAUCUGGCUGGAUUAUUUAUCAGUCUGUCCGGUUUGCUGCUACUGAUACUACCCGCUAUCGGACGGUACAAGAAGUUCAACCAACGGCGCGAAUCCAAGAGCAAGAAUGCUACAUACGAUUGCUACGGGAUGAGUAAUUUGACGCAGCUUUCGCCGACGGCAGGUAAAAGCAAACUGAACGGCACAGCCGGGUUACUCACCGACUGUUUCGUUCAGGAAAAGCUAGCAAAAGAUGGCGCCAGUGUUUAGUAGCUUUCCAACUACGGUACUCUCUAUGUUGCUGAUAGAUCCAGUACUGGGAUGGGGAGGAAUGCGAACUUGUAGUGAACUGAUGAGAGCCCGAAUGAUUUUUGUUGAGCGGUGUUUUUUUUAAUUUUCGUACAAAUAUGCAAACAGUGAUAGUGUUAAACCAGUUCAGCUCGGUUCUAGUUGGACGUAUUCUUUGAAGUGUACGUUUUAGUUUAAACUUUGUAAGAAAUUAUUAACUUUGUUUCGGUUUUACGUGACUGUUUUAGUAGUACUAGGUUUUUGUUUCAGUCCGACUGGUUCAGGAUAGUGAAUUCAGUUACGUUUGAUUCUUAGACUAACUUUAAAAAUAAACGAAAUAAAUUGGAGGAUCUUAGAAACUUUAAAUUCUAACCUAGGUAUUCCAAUGAGAUAUAAUCCAUACCGAAUAUUCUGAUCAACAUCCUUCCCGCUGAUGAUUCUAAACCUGUAAACUGAUCGAAAACAAAAACGAAAUAAUAAUUACCUAGAAUAAUAGGACUUUUCCUUCAAUCGCAAUUUAAAGUAUUUUCACGGGAGAAAAAAAUCGUAUGUUACACGGUUAGGUGUUAGCUUAUCUAACAAUUUUAGAGUGCAGCAAAUUCAAAGUUUCUUCCACCUAUCCAGUUCAUAUUCAUUUUCGUCUAGUUCUGUCAGUAAAGCACUCGCCAAACAUUGGUUUGAAGGGUCAGUUUUGGAAUCUCGUUUCCGCUUUUUAUAAAACUGAUCACAAACCAAUCAGAGGCGAUUUUCCUGACAAGAUGAUAUUUUAUACGUACUUUGUCUAGUUUGUGUUCACAAUAUCGCAAUUAUUUCGCAUUGCUCCUACUAAGAGAACCAUUUAACGUUGUCAUUUAACUCCUCAACACACUCUGCGUCCGAAGAGAAAAACCAAACUGUUAGUUAUUUAAAUCGAAUUAAAAUCAUUUAUGAACUUGAAGCUAAAAAGUUGCUAAAGUUUGGAUGACUUUCAAACCAAAACGCGAAAAUAGCGAGACAGAAAGACCCAAUUUGACAUAUUUUCAAUUGAACAAUUGAAACAAGAAACCAAGAUAUUUAACCAAUUUCUCAAUAACUCAAUAGUUAUUUUGAAUCCUCACUAUAAUUAAUAGCAAAAGUAGUAUUGUUCCUAUAUUUUUCAUCUAUCUUAUAUAUUUGAAUAAAAAACAAAACAGAAAACGAGGUAUAACAAAGCAUAUAUUGACACUGUGAAGUAAAGACAACAUAGAUUAGAAAUGGUAAAAUUUGCGAAUCUGUAGCUGCCCGAUUAAUGAGAAGAGAACAAAAUAAAAAAAAACUCAAAUACACAAUACAAAAUGUAAAACAAAUUUGUAGUAGACGUCAGUAAAGGCGGGUUUGAAUGAAACAAAAAAAAAAAAAACAAA